AUGCGGUUGAGUUCAUCACCCCUUCUAAACGUGCUUCUACUGUUUCUGGCUACCACCGUGAACGCAGAAGACUUGUCCGCGAAAAGAGUGAGAGAUCUACGUUGCAAAAAAUGUCUAAAAAUGGAAAGCGGCAUGAUUCAAGAGUUUCAUGUGAUCAGACAGGUUGACGAUUGGCACAUGCUGAUUUUCUGUAGGUUACUGUAAAUAUGUUUUAUUUGUUAAUUUUUAUAAAAAACUAGCCAUGACAAAGUUUUUAAGUACUUGAAAUUAGACAUGAGGAACCCAGACCGGUCUUGACCCAAAUUUAGGUCGGGCUGUGCCUGAAAAUCAAGGCCCGGCCCUUUUGCACGUAAAAAAAUUCUGGCCGGGCGGUAUAAUAUCGUACUCUAACCUACUCUGGCGUGCUCUACCCUACUUUACCCGAGUAUAUUGGGUUUUAUUGAACAUUUUAUAACUACCAAUAACGAACACUAUUUCAGCCAGCCUUAACGGCACGAAGACGGUUGAUGCACCACUGUACAAAGAAGACCAUUUCAUCGAUUCUUUUAAAUAUAUGCCGGUGUUUGUGAACGGCACUUUUCAAACAUACAUGAUUGAGGUCACAAAUACUGGUGAAUUCAAGCGUAUUCAAAGGUAACGUUUGAAUUUGUAUUUGAUAAGAGUUAAAAUUACCCCCCCCCCCUCUCCCUCAUUAAUUUUCAUUUUAAAGCCUUUUAAAUUUAAAAUCAAAAAAAAUUUUACAUUAUCUACACCCCCUACAUUGAUCUUAUAAAAAAUGUAUUUUCAGACGCUUGAGUGAUGGUAUAAGUUAUAAAUAUGAUGAUAUGAGCUCUUAUUUGACCGUACGACGUUAUGAAUAUUGUUAUUUCGAUAGAAUGCGCAGCAUAGAUCAUAGGGUCAGCUUUGUGUACCGAAACCUUUAUAUCACCAGCAAAGACGUUGGCUACGAGAUGAAUAGAGCGUGUAGCGAUUUAUUUAUGGCACAACAUCCGUUCUUUUUGCUACCCAAAACUGGCAAUUUCGACACAAAGAUCGACAAAUGUUUUGUAAGUGAAAUUAGGAUAGUGCAAAGAUGUUUAGAGUACUGUAAGUGACUUUACGGUACUGUGAAUGCGGUUAGAGUACGGUAAAUGAGGUUCGAGUACUGGAAAUGAGUUUAGAGUAAAAGUAUGAAAUAAACCGUAAUUUUUUCAAAUCUGUGUAACUUGGGCUAUUAUAGGAAGACAGCCACACAGUGUGUGUCAUGGACGUGGACGACCCCUCUCGCUUGCGCUUAAUCAAACGUAAUUUCCGUCGUGACCGUAUUGCAUACAUGCGCAACGGCCUGGUCGUGCAUUUGCGAUGCAUCACAUCCAGAUGCGCUUACUUUAUUUACGAUACCGAAACUGGGUAUGUCAACGUUAAAAAUUUACUUUUAAAAUAAAACACAUUUUAUAAUCUGUUUUAAUUCUAAAAAUUCAAAUUUUAAUUUUUUAAUUUUUAUGUUGAACAGCUAUAAAAUCGACUUUCUCGUUAGCCUGUCAAAAAUGAUAAAUUCAUUUUUCAGACUCGACUGGUAUAUUCCAGAUGACAUAAAAGUACACACUGAAAAACUCAAUGGUGUUAUCCGUUUGAUUGUGCCACUUUUGAGACCUGACGAUAAGUUCUACACGAGUCCAUUGCGUAGAUUACCAACUACUACAACCAAAACUACCAAGACUACAACCAGAAAAACUACUACAACCAAAAAAACAACGACAACUAAAAAAACAACGACUACAACUAAAACAACAACGUCAACAACUAGAAGAACCACGUCUAAAAUUACCACAACUACGAUUACGCAGCGAAUUACAACCAUGCCUAGAACCUCGACUACGACAACCCCUAUAACCACCCCUACUACGAUCACGACGCCAUAUAACCCUGAUCCUGAGCCAACAUAUCAACCACAAGAUAAAGGUUAUUACGUUCCACCACACAUCGAAAACUAUGAAGUUGCAUGGGAAGAGGACAGAGAUGGGAAAGGUGAUAUGGAAUGGUUUGUAGAAUACCAUAGUGGUAAAUCAACAUCCAAGUCUUCAGGUCACUUGAUGUGGAUUGCUGUCUUGGUGUUGCUGUACCUUCAAUUGUACUGA